AAGUAUGUAAUAUAAACGUGUGCAACCUAAAGUUUAAUCUAAAUGCUGUGUGCAAUGUUAUGUGUAGCAUAGAGGGUUGUGUGCUGUGCCAAGCUUGUGGUGGUGUCAACGUGUGGGGAGUAACAUAAGCAUCUCUAAUACUGGAGGUAGAAAAGCUGCCUGUUUGGCGGCCAUCUUAACGAAUCCUGGCUUUUUUGUUGACAGAUUCGCUUUUUCUGUUUAUUGCUGCCGUUGUCAACUGACUUACAGGUAUUUCUGGCGUCUUUAAUCACGCGUCACGUUAUUUAUGAACCUUCAAAAUAAUCCUGUUAUACCAAACAAAUUUAAACGUCUAUUUCUGACAAUUCUGCAUUCACUUUUUACAGAUAACGUGUUUUGAAAAUUCAAAAAACUAAUUCCUCUUUCACUAUUUUACCCCACUACCAAGACUCUAUUUUGUUUUAAUUUCUGUGUAAUUAUUUUGAAAACCAAUAAUCAAAGAAGAAGGAACACACCUUCCGCUCCUACAUCUCUUUAACUUUACUGCUUUAUUUCAAAUAACAACCACAUCACUUUAUCACAAUACAUAUUUUUACAUUUUUACUUCCUCUCCCCCUCAACCGAUUUCAACAGUUACUAUUUCUUCCCAGAGUCAAAUAUUUUAUUUAAAUUGCUUUGCUUUAUUUUGUUUUUUUUUUCUUUGUCCUAUAUCAUAUUUCCUUAAAUUGUUAUUAAUCAGCAACCCUCAAAAUAUUACACUCCGUUGUCAGCGGUAACUUGGAUAUAUAAUUUUUUGUGUUGGAGAUAUGGAAAACAAAGAAGGUCUGACAAAACGACCUCUCGAAGACGUUGAUUGCUCUGCUAUGAAGAGACCACGUGGAAGUAAAACACGGAUCGAUGUCCGUGUUUUACUCCAGAGUAAAAAUGCCGGUGCCAUCAUAGGCAAAGGUGGUAACAACAUUAAAAGACUAAGAAACGACUUCAAAGCAAAUAUCACAGUCCCCGAUUGUUCGGGACCGGAAAGAAUCCUAACCGUCAGUACUGACCUCGAAACUGCCCUGGAAUGUUUGUUGGAUAUCAUUCCCUCAUUGGAAGAAUAUAAACAAUACAAAAACGGUCAGGAUUUUGAUUGCGAAGUGCGAAUUUUGGUUCAUCAGAGUCAAGCUGGUUGUAUAAUUGGCAGAGCUGGCUUUAAAGUUAAAGAAUUGCGCGAAAAAACCGGUGCCAAUAUCAAAAUUUACUCAUUAUGCUGUCCCCAGUCUACAGAUCGCGUUGUUGCGAUGUCUGGACAUCCACCUGUGGUCACAGACUGUAUAAGACAUAUCUAUCAGCUCCUGGAGGCUGCACCUCCGAAAGGCGUCAUUGAACCUUACGAUCCUCACAAUUUUGAAGAGUUUUAUGCCAACGAUUACGGUGGUUUCACAUUUACUGAGGGAGGACGUGGCCGGUUUCCUCGAGGUGUUUCCUCUAUGCGUGGGAAUUCCGCAGCACCAUUAAUGGGACAACAGAUAAGAGGGAGGUCCAUGAUGAGUGGCGGUAACGGAGGUGGAGGUGGCGGCGGUGGUAAUGGAAUGAACCGAGGAGGUGGAGGAACCAGUGGACUUCCUAGUUUACUGGGUAAUGCAAAUUGCCGCAAUAAUAUUGGAAUGCGCGGAAAUGCCGUAAACAGUCUCAUGCGAAAUCCAGUAGGUGUAAUGAAUGGUAGCAUGGGAGGUGGGCCUUCCUCUCGAUGUAGUGGUGGAAUGGGUGGACGAAAUGACAACCAACCAAAUUAUUACGGCGGAAACCAGCAGAACUUUGGUGUGCAAAACUACUCGCAAAACAGACUGAAUAGCGGAGGGAUGCCGAAUCAACAGAGCAUGCUUUUUGGCAGAGGUCAUAACUAAUUACCAGUUUUGUUUUCCCCCUCAUUUCAUGAACUGUCCUGGCUCAUCAUUAUUUUCUGGUGAUUGGUUGUGAAAGUUUGAUAUAGAUUACAGAAAGAAGAAAAA